AUGCCAUCAUCAUCUUCGUCGUCAGCAACCAUGCCAAGCCUUCUCAGCAUUUUCAAGUCGCUUGAGUGGGUUGACGACAAUAUCUGGGAUCUCACUGGCCUUCCCGAUACCUUUGUCAACCUUUUGUUGUACUGCGGCGAUAUUUGUCGCGACAAGGCCAACACGCAGGUCCACUUCAUGGCAGCAUCCGAGCUGCUGAGCAUCGCAGACCGUCCAAAAUCAAGCUACGAUAUCGACGGUCCCGCUGCUUUGAAAAAUGCCAUCAAGCUUGCCACCAAUGAUCCCGUUGUUGCAAGCUCUUUGGCCAGCCUGUGCGACACAUACUAUUUUCUCCGAUCGCUGGUCAUUUUUGAGCUCGACGAGCAGAGCUUCACUAAACUGGUCGAACUUCUAAAAAUCGACGGGGCAGACGGGCAGGACGAAGCUCCCGCGUGCACCCACGCUGACGUUGUCAAUUCGCUUGACGCAUACUUAGGCCAGCUCGAGGCCCAGUAUCCAGGAAUCAAGGUGUUUGCAAACUGCGCCAUGCUUGAGGCAAACAUUGCCCAAGAGUUUGGCGCGGGCUACAAGCUUCUGUAUGGUCUGCGCUGCGAACUGCCAGCCGACGGCGAGCUGUACAUGGCCACACUGCGCUGCAUUGUCGACAGCAUUCGGCAAAAUGCUGACGUCAUGGAGAUGAUUGUCAAUGCCCGCUGUUUGUACCAGGGCUUGCUGUCUGAGCAUUGGGCGGCUGCUUGCAACGCGAUCUGGGAGCUGCAAAAUGGCCAUGACAGCGCGGAUCAAGACGCAUUCAUAAACGAUAGCGAUUAUGAUGAUGACGAGCAGCAGCUUGCCGCCGACCACACGGAUGCUGCGAGGACUCGGACUUUUGGUGUUGCGGCAAACUGA